GCUUCGCAACACACACAGGAGCGCUACCGCUGGGUUACCAGCAACAAGGAGCAGCACACGGAGCAGCCGAGGGAGGGGGGAAGCACAUCUGGGGAAGGCGUAGAGUUUGAGACAGGGAAGUGGAGGAAAAAAGACUCGAGCACAUGCCGUGCUCCAACGGCACCUCUGAGCAGCGCCCGGCCAGGCUGGUUAUGAAGGAAGAAUGGAGUUCCCAGACCAUAGCCGGCAGUUGCUGCAGUGUCUGAGUCAGCAGCGUCACCAGGGCUUCCUGUGUGACUGUACUGUUUUAGUUGGAGACGCUCAGUUCCGAGCCCACAGAGCUGUUCUCGCUUCUUGCAGCAUGUACUUCCAUCUUUUCUACAGGGACCAGCUAGACAAAAGGGACAUUGUGCAUCUGAACAGUGACAUUGUGACAGCCCCAGCCUUUGGCUUGCUGCUUGAAUUCAUGUACGAAGGCAAGCUGGAGUUCAACAGCCUCCCGGUUGAAGAUGUGCUGGCUGCAGCCAGCUACCUUCACAUGUACGACAUUGUGAAAGUCUGCAAGGGCAAGCUGAAAGAUAAGGAGUUGUGCGGGGAUGAAAAGAUGAAUGGCAGUGGGAUCCCUCUGGAAAAAGACACGCUGGUCCUCAGUGAAGGAGUGCCCUUGGGGCGGGAGCUCAGCCCGGGGAAUAAACAAAAAUUAAUUGCUACAGAAUAUGAAAGAUCAGCUGGAAAAGAAAAGGACAGCGGUUAUCUGGGCUGGUCCUCUGAUCUUGUAAGUAUCAACUCUGCAUUAGCAGAAGCAGGAUUGGACGCUGCGGCAGCUGAGAAAACAAGAGCCAAUGUCUGUAGUUCAGCGGGACCUUUGUCCCAAAGAUCUCUUAACCACUCCUUGGCUUCAUCUGGCGUAGAAUGUGCUUUAGACCUGUCUUUCAAAUCUGUGGCUGGGAAGGAUUCUUUCCACCCUUCCUAUGUUUUUGGACAGCUGGCUUCCAAUGGCCAGCAGCAGAGUAGCAAGCCCCUGAUUAAGGAUGAGCCAGAGUCUUUGUCAAACGGAGAAGAUGGUGAGGCAAGGUGCCUAGAAAGUCAGCAUUUGGGGAAUUCUGCCAAGAGCCUGAUGACGGGAUUGGGAAGCAUGUUUGCAGGGAAUGGCAAUUCCCAAGGGCCAGAGGAAGACUUAGAUCAUGAGCGGGAGGUGAGUGAAGAUGACAUGGAUUCCUCUGACAUUCCAUCCUUGGGGGUCUUGAUGCCUCCUGGUCACAUCUGUAUUUGCCCGCUCUGCAGCAAAGUCUUUCCUAGCCCACAUGUCCUCCAGCUGCAUCUCAGCUCUCAUUUCCGCGAUAAAGAUGUUUCAAGAACCAGGCUUUCCCCCGAUGGUUCAGUGCCUACUUGUACGCUUUGUGGCAAGACUUUCUCCUGUAUGUACACCUUGAAAAGGCACGAGAGGACUCACUCGGGUGAGAAACCAUACACCUGCGGUCAGUGUGGGAAGAGCUUCCAGUAUUCUCACAACCUGAGCCGCCACGCAGUGGUGCACACGAGGGAGAAGCCCCAUGGCUGCAAGUGGUGUGAGAGACGAUUCACUCAGUCAGGCGAUUUGUACAGACACAUCCGUAAAUUUCACUGCGGCCUUGUAAAGUCACUGGUGGUUUGAGAGAAGUUGUCCUACGAAAAUGCACCAUUUACUGGACUUUUUUACUCUGUUGAUUCACUUUGGGCAAAUUAAUAUUGUGAGGGGGUGGGAGAAUGUAAUUCUACAUUUCAUAGAGGGAAGGCUUCAGUGGCUUCAUUCUCUUCACGUCCCUUGGCCUACUGUAGGCCUGCAAUUACCCUUAAUGUUCUGUUCGUUUUGGAGUAACAGGUAAGGUGAAUCUUGAUCUGAAUCCUUGGAGAGAAGCUGAUUUAAUCUCUUUGAUUUAAUUGGGGUGCUUCUGACUUGGUGGAUGUGCUCUUGCCGAGUUGGAAAUGUGAGGAAAAUAGAAACCUUGAUCAAAACUGUUCCUUGGGUGAGAUGGACUAGAGUGCCUGCAUAACAGCUCCUCCCUUCCCUCCAGUUUAGCACUCAUAUCUGCAGUGCAGAUGCCUCAAGUAGGCAAUUUCAGAGUUCUAAUGGCCCCAGUUCCUUUCCUGUUUUGGAUGUAGCUUUUUUUUUUGUCAGUGUUUUUAAUCUGUUCCAGACAAGAAAAAAUUCAGAGGGGGUGGGGCGGGGAUGGACUUUUUAUUUAUGAAGUGUGUCUGAGAAAUCUGAUUUCAUGUGGCUUAUGGGGACCGUCUAGAAUUCUUACUAUAAUUUGAAGAGGCCUUGAAAUCAAUGUAGGGUGGGGCUGAAAAUUCCCCUUACUUUUAUCAGCAGGUGAUAGUUUUGUUCUUUUGAAACUCUUCCUGCAAAUCAUCAGCCUCACCAGUGCUGCUAUUCAUUUGCCUUUGCCAGUACUUUGGAAUUGGUCUCUGAACUUGUACUUCUUGUGAAUUGCAGAGAAAUACUUGUUCUCCACCUUUGUGUUCUUUCAGAUCUGAUUCACUGGUGGCCCUGGUUGUGUGUAAUUUUCUUCCAUCUUGGCUGUCAUGUGUAGAACUUUGGAUGUGAACUUUGGCUUUUGUAUACUGAGGCUAAAGCGCUCCCCCAACCCCCUGAUGUGAAUUAUUUGCUGUGAAAUGGAUCACAGGGAUGAAGUGAAAGGAGCUUACCUGUGCAUACUUGGAUUCAUGUUGAAGGAAGCAUAGGAAAGAAUGCUUAGCAACAUGCAAGCAUUAUAACUCAGCACCACAUGUUCGUACCUAUUAGUGUAGUCCUCUAGUUUUGCUUCUAACAAAAGCACUUUUUUUUCUAAAGAUUGGACCUUGAGAAAUGAAUUUUUCUUUGCCCGUUGAGACUGUUCAAAGUCACUAAUUCCAAAAAGAUCCCUUCCUCCUCCAACUUACUUGACAGGCAUGGUGUUUAGGAUGGGAGGCAGAUUUCACAGUCAACAUGGUACUGCAGACCCUUCAUUCAGUGGUGGAAACAUAUUGUAAUAGCUUUGUCAAUGGAAACAGGUAGUAUUUGAAGCCCUGCUGCUUUUCUAGUCCUUACUUUGUUUCAUGUGAGAGCCCUCACUUGUGUUCACUUACCGUCAACAGUACAGUUAUGUGGAAAAAUUAUUUACUUUGGUCUUAGAUUGGCAGCUCUGAUUAAUCCUCCCCUUACUGCUGUAGUUUGACUUGCAGUCAUUAGGAUGUGGUGAUGCCUAGGCUGACUUCCCUAUGUGAGAGUUCUGCUAAAAGUGCAGGAUCAGACUAGACUCUUCCCCCACCCCCAGUGGCCAGCAAAAUAAUUCAGGUUGAGCCUCACAGGCCUGGUUAUAUUUGAGCCAGGCCAGUGAACACAUAUUUCUCAAUGUACUGAAGUACGCAUAGUUGCUGGUGUGCCCUUCCUUCUAUUCGUACAUAACACAUAAUUUGUGUGUUAAGGGUGAAUAUUCUUCCUUAUACAUUCACACACUUUAUUCCCAUUGACACCAAUCACAGGUAUCUCUAAAAGCAUCUGCAAGCCGGUGGCUGCUGCAGGAAGUCAAUUGAUGGGGGGAGGGGUGCUGUGUCUUGGAAACUCUGAGGAGUUGGGCUUUGCCCACCCCAUAAAGAGAGCACAUCUGGCUGGAACAGCUGAUGGAGGCAGGCUAGGGUUUGAAGAAGAAAAGUGGGUUCAGAUGAAUGGGGCCUCAAGAAAGUUACGAGAGGAUCAGAUGAGCAAGUGUAGGUGCCAGAUGGCAGUCUUAUUACUGCAUAAUUUCAGAGGGAAAAAAAUACUUUGUUAUAAUAUACACACAGCUUUUUUUUUUACUGCUUCAAAAACCAUCUCUUCUGCAUUUCAAAUUAUUGGGAAGUCUGUUGUGCUUCAGAAAGUGUAGCUGUUCCCUGGCACUGAACAUUAUUUAGGCUAAAUUAAGAAUUUUUGCUGUACUAAGCAUGAAAUCGAAAAUCAUACAAGUGCUUUGCUCUAUCCCAGCCACAUAUAAUGCAAAACCUAUUCCCUAGGGUUUGUGGAUUUUUGGAAUAACUCUGGAGUUAUUCCAUAGGACUGCAAGGGGAGCAGGAACUGUUCUCUUGGAAGCAGAUCUGCCAGCAGGGAAACUCACAAUUUCACUCUGAAGUCCGCCCAAUGGCUUCCUCUGCUCUAGAACACUUUCUGUUCUUACUGAUAAUAUCAGUUCAUUUUCAUAGAUCAAAUCUUGUAAAAUGCUACUGAUUUAUAAAUGGCAAAUACUUGAUACUGGUUUGCAUGAUUAACUCCUACAAGCAAAGCAUUACCACAUGCUUUGGGCUGUGUGAUGUUUUGGAGAGAUUAAAACAGGUUGAAAUGCUGUACCAUUGGAACAAAUUUGGGAUGUUCACUUAUUUCUGCCUAAUUCCGGCAUUCCGUUGCGUGUCAUGUUAUUAAACACGCCUUCUGAUAUCCACAAAGUAUAUUUUUACAUAAGUGAAAUCUUACAAAAAAUUAGUGUAUCUGAUUAGAUUUCUGAGAAGUUGGUGUUCAGUGAAUGGGACUAGAGAAGGAUUGCCAAAACAAAUUUAUGGUAAUUCUGGAUGCUGCUUAAAGUGAAAACCUUUCUUGAAUUUUUAAACAAAUAUGGAUGCACUGAAAUGGUUUUUCUGGAAAGGCAGGUGAUAUUAAUACUGCAGAAGAAAAUAUUGUCCAGCACUUCCCUUUGAUUAUUAGAAUUCCCAGAAAGGGAGGUUGGAUAUGUUGCCACAGGGGAUUUUUAUGUGCUCAGCCAAAAUUGUGAUUGUGGAUUGUUAGGUUUUGUUUUGUUUUUUGCAAUAAUACAUCCCACUGCUGAAAAGGCAUGUAAACAGUAACUUACCUCUUCAUCUCUAGGGUUAAUGCAAAGUUGUGUCUGUUUUAAUUUUUUUUCCUUCCUGAUUUUAUGCAUUUCCCCUUUGAGUCAUAGCCAAAAUAUUUAGGAAAUAGUGCUAUGAAAAAGCAUAACUGCUACGUCAACUGCAAUAUAGCAGUGCUGUUUUGGAGAGGGAGAUGUUCUAAGUGACUCCUUUUUAUUCAGAUAAAAACUUACGUUGCAAGCUUCUUUUUUUAUUCCUCUUUUAAUUGAUGGUGGCUGUGGUGUGUGAAAUUUGAUGUUUAUGGAAUGUUUGAUUCUAAAUAAUUGGUGACUGUAUAAGCAUUCUUACUAACAAGGCAUGGUAAAGUACCAUAUUCCUAAGACACGUGACAACUGUACUAUGUCCUUUCUUCAUAUCCUUACCCCACCCCUUGGCCCAGAUUGGAAAUAGCACUGAACAAAACCUUCAAGUUAAGUUAUUUCUUUUUUUAAAUUUUAAGUUAUAUAUCUAUAUAUAUAUAUAUAUUUUCCUCCUGAUGAUACUUGAUAUAGUAUUUAUUAGAUUUUUUUUUAAAUUAAGGAAUGCUUGCUGUGGAGCUUUUUUCAGAAUAACAAGUGUGAAAUCUGUGACUUUAAUUUUAUUUCUGUAUAUGUUUUACAAAGUGAAUGUGUGAACACGUGAACCAGUGCACAGAAUGUAGUGCUCUUUUUAGGCUGAUCCCACGCUGGGUGGAGUGGCGGAAGAAUUCCCAUCCCAACAUGGAGUUUUGAUUGCUUCCGAGAGCUCCCCUCUCUUGAUUGCAGGGGAGGGCGGUGGUGCUGCAAGCCAUGCUUUGGGGGGGCAGUGAAAGGGGCAGUACAAGGAAGGACUUACGUACCUAGGUCUCUGAAUUGGGACCCUUAUUUGCCUCUUCUCUUGGUACUUGUUGAAGGAUUUAAAAAUUAAGUGCCAUAGGACACCAGUGGGUUGGAUUUGAGGGGGUUUUUUUUAGAUAAGUUUAAUUUUUUGAAAGAGGCAUGUUCUCUGCUGCAGUUAAAAAUGAACAGGUAGCAGAUGCAUCCAGCUAAGGGAUUUGUUGAAGUGUUGUCCUUUUAUUCCUCUUUCCCAAAAUUUCUGGGUUGAUCACUUCUUUUGUUUUUUGAAAGAUUGCACUUUUAUUUAAAGAUCUUUUUCAUUUUUUGGAUUUUUUUUAAAUCGUUGCAAUAGUUCUGAGCAUGUUUUCUUUGUUUUUUACAGUUCUUUACUCCACAGAAAAUUACCAAGCACUGUACACUUAGGUUUGUUCCUUAAUAUGCAGCUGCUGCUGCUCUGGUUUGCAGAGAGCAUAACUGGAAACUUUGGGGCUCCAUUUUGAUUUUAUUCAUUGGAGUCAGGAUUUUACCUUAAUACGGCUUUACUUAAAACACUGAAUUUGUCUUCUACUUCAAACCAAUACUGUGAAGUUAAUGUUUGAAAGAAAAAAAAUCUGUUAUUUUAAAUUGCUUUUAAUCUUGGUGCAGUUCAGAUUCAAAUAUGUAUAUUUAAAGACACUAAUUUUUGUGGGAGAGUUUUUAUAGUGUAUAGUAUGUAGAAAAGCUAUUGGAUUGAACUAUAUUUUAUUAAAAAAAGUUCUUUCACUGUUUUAUAGUGAAUUAUUACCCUUACCCUCUCAUUGUUGGUUCUAUGCUGUAUUUUAGGCUAGGUUUGACAAUCGCAUAAAAAGAAUGACUUUGACAAACUUUCUUUAAUGUCUAGUUUCUGUGUGGUUUUGUUCCUUUUUUUUUAAAUUGUGUGUUAUGUGCUUUUUUAAAAAAGGAAAAAAUGUGACAAUCGUGAUUAGAACUGUCUUUACUGAAUAAAACACACUAGAGUUAUAAA